AUGAUCGGUACUAACGAUAGUGAAGUUUUAUUGGUCAAUCGUUGCUGGUAUAUAGCAGAACCCAUUUUUUUUGGCGUUCAUCACCUCAUUGAUUUCAUUGCAGGGAAUGACAAGAUGAGAAAUAUAUACAAGUCGUUGAUUGUAACCAGUUUUACCGUAGUCUUUGGCUACUUCACAACAACUUUCAUUGGAACCGCUGCGCAAGUUCUCAAUCUCGACAUUCCUAGAGCGUACGUAGAUUUGUUCGCCGGAACGUUUGUUACUACAACUUGCUCUUUCAACAUUUUUGUCUACUACUUUAUCAGAAUACGGAAGCAAUUGCACAAAAGUCACAGUAGUAGUUGUAGUAUUGUGAGAGUUCUUUGA